AAGGAUUUUUUACAAACUUGGAUUUAUUCAUCACCAAAUGAAGCACAGCAACCACCUACAUUUCACGGGGGUAUCGAGAUCCCAAACGAGAGCAAGUGUGAUCGAUACUGGCCCAUUCAUGGCUCCUGUCAAUACGGACGCAUUAAAGUGACACACAUGGAAACCACGGAGUUGGCUUGUUACGUGCUGAGAAAGUUUCUCGUUCACUGUGUCAACCAAUUAGCUUUGUCUAAUAACGCGACAGCAUAUGGUCUCCAUAAGAGAUCGAUUCAUUACGCAAUACCGCACUUCACAGUACAAACAAAUGAAAGCACCAGAGAACUGCUUUGA